CCGAUUCCAGAUCGGUGUUUUUCCCCCUGAGCUGUUUCCCCUCAGAGGAUGAGAGGGGUUAUCGGGGGAUCGGACUUGCGGUUGCAGUUAGGGUCUCCUACAUACUGUUCGGCCGCAGGGGAGGCGGAGGACUCUGACAGCAGUCUACCAGCAGCGUUCGUGAAGCAGUUCUUGGUCGAUCCAGCCAACCACAAGUCAGAGUUUCUGAAGAGUUUCCUGGAGCACGCCGAGCUUGACCCAGUCAGGGUGCCUAGAGAUAUUGAUGAUGACGACGAGGAUCUUGGAGGCUUCAUGGACUCCAAUUCGUUUGGAUUGGUCAAAAGUGAGAAGUGGCUGAAUGAAGAGAAGCGGCUUCUCGCAGAGAAAAUCCGAAGUUCAAGGCGGCUGGUCCCAAAGAGUUGAGUAUAUGGGAGCGUUUCUGCGAGCGGAUGCAAGAUUGGGAGGACCCUGAUGACGAGGAAUCGCAGGCAGUGCGCAACGAAAUGGGAAUGAGAGAAGGGCUUGGGGUACGCAAGACAGCAUUGGAGUCCUGGCUUGAUGCCCAACAAGGAAAUGUGCCUCGAACUGGUAACAAGUGGGGAAGCUGAAGACAAAGCUGUUCAUGGGCAGAGGUGUUUUCAGAUCUGACGAGACUCAUCCGCCGAGAUAGCGGCGCGUCGUCGCCAGCAUGUCGAUGAUGAUAACAUCCUUCAUUCUUUC